CAGAUCACCUCCAACCUCUACCUCAGUAACGCAGUGGCCACCAACAGCCACCUCCUGCUCUUCACCCACCGCAUCAGCACCGUCAUCAACGUCUCCCUGGAGGUGGUGAACACCCUCUGUCCCGAUGUCGAGUACCUGCACGUCCCUGUGAUGGAUACCCCCACCACCUGCAUCUCCAGCUGCUUCAACUCCAUAGCAGGCAAGAUCCACAGCGUGGGGAUGCGGGGCUGGAUGCUGCUGCACUGCGCUGCCGGGGUGAGCAGGUCCGCCAUCUGCUUGGCCUAUCUCCUGAAGCACCGCUCCAUGUCCCUGGUGGGUGCCCAUGCCUGGAUCAAGUCCUGCCAUCCCAUCGUACAACCUAACAAUGGCUUCUGGCAGCAGCUCAUCCAAUACGAGUACAAACCCUUCAGCGUCAACAGGCUCCGAAUGAUCAGCUCUCCGUCAGGGAUGACAGCCGAUGUUUAUGAAAAUGCAGUAAGAGUAAUGCUCUGA